AUGGAUUACGCAGGUAUUACCCGUGGCUCUAUUCGUGGAGAAGCGUUGAAGAAGUUAGCUGAGUUGACUGUUCAGAACCAGCCAUCCAGUUUGAAAGAAAUCAACACGGGGAUUCACAAGGACGAUUUUUCCAAAUUAUUAUCAUCUACUCCAAGGAUUGCAACUAAGCAUAAGUUGAAUGGAAACCAAGAAUUAUCCGAAGUUGCAAUUGCCAAAAAGGAAUACGAAGUUUUGAUUGCUUUGAGUGAUGCUACUAAAGAACCAAUCAAAGUUACUUCCCAGAUCAAAGUCUUGAUUGAUAAGUUCAAGGUUUAUUUGUUUGAGUUGCCAGAUCAAAAGUUUUCUUAUUCGAUUGUUUCCAAUUCAGUCAACAUUUCUCCAUGGACUUUAUUAGGUGAAAAGUUGACUACAGGUUUGAUCAAUUUGGGGUUCCAGAACAACAAACAACACAUCGAUGAAGUUAUUGAUAUUUUCAACGAGUUUAUUGACAAAUUCUUUGGAAAUACUGAGCCAGAAUUGACAAAUUUUUUGACAUUAUCUGGUGUUUUGGAUGGUUUGAUUGAACAAGCUAACUUCUUGAGCUUGUCUUCAAGAACAUUCAAGAUAUUCAAGAGUUUGGAUUCAAAUAUUGAUAAUUCCGAUUUUUUGAAUGACGUUGAAAAUUAUUCUGAUUUCUUGUAUGAUGAACCAAACGAGUAUCAAAAUUUAUUGAACCGUGAUUAUGUUAUCAACUUGAGUCCAAUUUUAUACCUUGAAAGUUUAUCAAGAUUGAUGUGUGCUAUUGUCAAUGGUAUUAUUGGUAACAAGGGUAAGUCAUUGUUGCAGUAUAUUUUGGAAAAAGUUGCUAGCAAAUAUGAAGAAUUCAACAACACAACCAAUCAUGCCAUAUUUGCUAAGGAUAACUUGGAUUUCUCCAGAUCACAUAUGGAUAUCAUAAACAAUUUGACAGUUUUAGCGUUGCGCAAGUUGGAAUUUUUAGAUCGUGGUGAAACAUAUAUUGUUUACUCUACUUAUGAUCGUUUGAAAUUAGGAUACUUGGCCAAAAGUCACAAUUUGCAGAUUUUGAGUUGUGGUAUGUUUACCGAUAAUUUAGACUUGAAAACUUCAAAGAAAUUGUUCAAGUCUUGUAUUGAAAUCAAAGAUGUCAUGUUAGAUCCAGAUUUAGGAUUAACUGUCUUUGAAUUUGGUUCUUUAUUGGUUUAUAAGGAUGAAAGUGUUGGCCCAUCGUUGACCAGAGUCUUUACAUCCGUUAUUGCCAAUCCUAAAUUGCAACCAGCCUAUUGUUUGAAAGCUUCUAAAGCUGUUGGAUUGGGUAGUAAGAAAUUACCACAAGAUAGCGUGGUUACCACCAUUUAUUCGUUGACCAAUCUUUUAUUUGUCAGCAAUGAAGGGUUGCAGUUGCCUUCAAAGAAUGCUCGAAGAUUGCUUAAAGGAGCUGCCACUACCAAUUCAACUUUCAACGACGCUGGAUCUGGACGGGAAAUGUUUGCUUCCCCAAUAUCAUCAAGAAGAACAUCCAUUACUUCCUUCUCACAGGCUUUCAGUAAAGGUGCAAACUCAAGCGAAUUUGAUGAAAAUGAUUAUCGUAAAGUUUGUGAAAAUGCUGUUACUGGUAUUAUUGAAGUUUGUGAAGCUUGCAAUGAUGAAACUGUUCCAGCAUUGGCAUGCACCAUUUUAUCACAGAAGGUUAACAAGAUAGAUUCAUCAAUUGGACCAUUGAUUUUGAAGGGGUUAUGUUCCUGUGCUCCAUUCUUACCAGAAAGAGAAUUUGUUAUUCUCAUUAGAUUAUUGAACAAAUUAUCAUUUGAUGCUUUAGAAAAGAAGAAUUUGAUAUUGUUGGGUUAUUUGAACGAUAGCAAGAUUUUACUUUCUGAGAAAUUGGAUGUUUCGAAUCUGUUAUUUACUGUAUAUCUUCAUGAAUUAUUGCAAGCAAUUAUCAGUAAAGGUGAUGUACAACAACUUGAACACCAUAGAUCUCAUAAUGAGAUUAGUGAAGUGGGUGAUCAAAUUGCUGUUUACUUAAAACCAUUGGCGGCAUUAUUGCCUAAUGUUAGGUUAGGCGAAGCACCUUUGGAAAUCAAAAGUACAGUCACCAUUAAUUUGUUUAGAAACAUUUGGUUCAACAUGGUGGUUCAUGGAUAUAAUAUCAAUUCCAAAAAUACCAAAACUUUUAGAGAUGAAUUAGAAAGAAUUGCUUAUAAUUCCCCACCAUUAGCCUCAGAGUUAUCAUGGGAUAGAACCGAGACUUCAAUCGAAUUGAAUACUGUUUUGAGAAGAGGGUCAUCUAAUCAUAAUAUUAAAGACCACCGUCAUUACUUGGGUGCUAUAUUUGAAGUUCAUCGUACUUUGUCGUAUCCUAAAUUGAUGUUUUUAUCUGCCGCUGUGUUUGUUGAGAGUUUGAGAGUUAGAAGUGGUAACUGUUCUGAUUCGUUGUUAUAUUUUACUGAUCCGACAUUUAAAAUUUCUGGUGUUGACAAGUACUUGGGUCAUAUUUCCUUCAAGAUUGUGAAAGAUUUUAUUCUGUUAAUCAACACAGGAGCAAAUAAACAAUUCAACUCUGAUCAAAUUGCUGAGCAAUUGAGAACCAUGUUGAUUGAUUGCUGUCACCCAGUUCCAGAAAUGCAAGACGCGGCUAUUCAAUGCUGUGAUUUAUUAAUCAGUAAAGUGCCAUCUUCAUUAUGUCACAAGAAGAGUUUGUUUGCUUUAUUUGAUUUGUUGACUUUAUUAUUCCAAAGCAUUGCUGACGGUGAUGUUAAUGAGUAUGAGCCUACUACUGUGUUUAGAGCUAGAUGUACUGGUAUUAAGGUAUUAAUGUCAGAUGAUUACAGCUGGAGAGGUAGUACUUUCAACCGUUUCCAUGAUAAAUGUAAGCAUUGGUUGAAAAUCUUGUUGCACAAGUGUAAUAUUGACGUCAAGAGUUUGAUUCAAUCAUAUAUCACAGCUAAUGAAAGUUUACAGUUUGAUUAUCCAGUUCAAUUUGGUUUAUCGUUUGCUUUGGAGAUGGCUGGUUCAAUUUCUUCUCAUGACAGAGAAACAUCUGCUAUUACAUUAGCCAAUGCCAAUACUUUGAACACGUUACCAACUAUUGUAUCUCAAUUGUCUUGGAGAAGCAAUUUUGUUUCUGAGAUCAUGAAUAAAUUACCGUUGCGUACUGUUGAUGAAACUGGUAUUGCGUUCAAGGCUAUUAGAGAGAAGGUGUACCAUAUAAAGGGAAGAUUGGCAAGCGCAGCACUUGACACGUAUCCAAGCAAUGAUGAAAUUAUGAAAUUGUUGAGUGAAAUUGCUGGUUUAACUUUAUUGAGUGAUUCCAACAAUGCUGAAUUGGUGAGAUACUUAGUAGAAAUCCCAUUCACGAUGUUUAUUCCUCUGAUUAUGAUUACUGCCAGUGGGGUUUGGUUUGCUGUUAUGAAGGAUAAACCACAAUUGUCUAUUUUGUUGUUGAGUGAAAUAGCCAAGAAAUGGGAAGAGUCAAUCAAGUUGCGUAAAGGGUUAUUUAGUCAAGAGCAUGAUUUGGUUCAUCCUGAAUUUGACAGAAUGGAAUAUGCACCAAGUAAUAGAAAUUUGGUUAACAAGACUGCUGAGUUGGCAUCCAAUAGUUUUGCCCCUCAUUUAGAAAUCAUUAGAUUAUUUGCCAGUAAUUUUGAAGCCACUUUAAAUCAAAGUGACCAUUUAUUGAAAAUCUUCACAAAAUUUAUAGAAGUUGGUUUAAAAAAUCUUAUUCAUGCCAGUUAUCAUCCAAUGUCUAGAUUGGUUCGGUUUGAAUUAAUUAAAUUUUCGUAUGAAGUUUUACAAUAUCAUAUCAAGUUAGGGUCUAGAAGCAGCAGGUAUUUGACCGGAUUGAUUUUGGAUGGUGCAUUAACUUGGUUUAGACAAAGAAGUGAAUAUCCAUUUGGGGCCAACAAGUUAAAAUUUAAGAGUGAAUUGAUUAUUAUGAAGGAGGUGUCUAGAUUCACCAGUAGUAUUAGUAAUUUCAAACUGGAAAAGAUUGAUAUGAAGGCCAAGAUUUUGUUAUUUUUCAUGGAUGAUGAAAUCAACAAGUUUACAGUUUGGUUGAAUACCUUAAAUCCAAAUGAAACAUUAGGAACAUAUGCCACAUUGCAAAUUGGCGGUCAACAUUUGAUUAGUGCUUAUGAUAUUGACCCAAUUUUGGCGAUUAACUUGGCUAUGAGAUACAAGUUGAAGAAUUUGGACAAUUUGUUGCAAAAAUUGAUUAUCAAUAAUCCAUUGGCUGCUAUCAAUUAUCCUGAUGCUGUACAAUUCUUUAUUGGCAUCAAUGCGGGUACUCAUAUGCCUUCGUACCAUUUGUUGUUCUGGGCUUGCUUGUCUCCAAUUGACAGCAUUACGUUGUUUUUACCACCCUUUGGAUCCAAUUCAUUUGUAUUACAGUAUACUAUGAGAUCAUUGGAAAGCCAUGAUGUUAAUUUGACAUUUUUUUACGUUCCACAAAUUGUGCAAUCUUUAAGAUUUGACUACAAGGGGUACGUGGAAAGAUUUAUUGUUGAAACAGCCAAAGUUUCACAAUUAUUUGCACAUCAAAUUAUCUGGAAUAUGUUGGCCAAUAGUUAUAAAGAUGAAGAUAGUACUGAUCCCGAUGAGAUUAAACCAACAUUGGAUCGUAUUCAAAAUACAAUGUUGAAGAGUUUUAGUUCUCAAGAUUUGAAAUUCUAUGAAAAAGAGUUUGGAUUUUUCAAUGAAGUCACUAGUAUUUCUGGUAAGUUGAAGCCAUACAUCAAGAAGUCCAAAGCUGAGAAGAAGGAAAAGAUUGAUGAAGAAAUGGCUCUUAUUAAAGUUGAACCAGGAGUAUACUUGCCUUCGAAUCCAGAUGGUGUUGUUGUUGAUAUUAACCGUAAACUGGGUAAACCAUUACAAUCACACGCAAAGGCACCAUUUAUGGCUACCUUUAAAAUCAAGAAAGAUGUUUUUGAUUAUGAUGAACAUGGAAUGAAGACGACUUAUGAAAUUGAGAAAUGGCAAAGUGCUAUUUUCAAGGUUGGUGAUGAUUGUCGUCAAGAUGUGUUGGCAUUACAGUUGAUUUCCAUAUUUAGAACUAUUUGGAGUAAUGCAGGAUUGGAUUUGUAUGUUUUCCCAUAUAGAGUUACAGCAACUGCACCAGGAUGUGGUGUUAUUGACGUGUUGCCAAAUUCCACCUCGAGAGAUAUGUUGGGUAGAGAAGCGGUUAAUGGGUUAUAUGAAUAUUUUAUCACCAAAUUUGGUCCUGAAAAUCUGAUUGAUUUCCAAAAUGCUCGUAAUAACUUGGUUAAAUCAUUAGCUGCAUACUCGAUCAUUUCGUAUUUGUUGCAAUUUAAGGAUCGUCACAAUGGUAAUAUUAUGUAUGAUGACGAGGGUCACAUAUUACAUAUUGAUUUUGGGUUCUGUUUUGAUAUUGUUCCAGGUGGUGUUAAAUUUGAAGCUGCUCCAUUCAAAUUGACACUGGAAAUGAUUCUGGUUUUAGGGGGUAGCGACACCACACAAAGUUUCAAAUGGUUUGAAGAAUUGUGUAUCAAGGGGUAUUUGAGUUGUCGUCCAUAUAUGGAAUUGAUUGUUAGAACUGUUACGCCAAUGUUAGAAAGUGGAUUACCUUGUUUCAAAGAAAACACCAUAAAGAAUUUAAGACAACGUUUUGUUCCAAGCAAGUCUGAAAAAGAGGCAGCAUUGUAUUUCAGAAAAUUGAUCAAAAAAUCUAUGGAAAGUUUCUAUACUAAAGGUUACGAUGAGUUCCAAAGACUCACCAAUGGUAUUCCAUAUUAA